AUGCCACCCUACACCUCAGAAACCUUCCCGUUGAAGAUUCUGCUGGAAUCAUCCCCGCGCCUGCCUGCUGCGCCGCGCCGCGCCCCGCCAACACCUCUUGCUGCCCGCUGCGUGCUCCCGCCCCUUCCCCUCUGCCCCACGCUCUCAAGUGCGUCCACCCUCCCCCACGCGCACCUUCUGUCUGCUCUCUGCCCCGCGCUCCUGCCCCCACGUGCAUCCCCUUUACCCCCCCCCUCCCUAUGCGCACCCCCUCUUCCCCACGGCACCCAGCGCCGGACGCCAGGGGACAGCAUGCCCUGCAGGAAGAAGGCGCCCCCGCACCCGCUCCCAAAUACUUAUAGAAUAUUUAAUAUUGAUAUACCAGAAGUAAACAUGAAAAUAGAAAAGGUUAAUGGUGAAUAUCUACCUAAAAAGAAUAAACAGUCUUUCCAGCACUCAUAUUUACCAGAGUGGCGCAAUAAUCCCCAACCACGUUAUGCAAAAUUAAUUAACACCAACGUAAGGUUCUUAAAUGAACCAAUAUACUAUAUGGAAACAGAAGGCACAAUGGCUAAAAAGCAUCAUUGGUGGCCAAGUGGGGAACCAUGUGUAUAUCAUUAUAGUCCACCUUACGACAGACAAAGCACUCAAAGAAAUGAUUUCCAGAAGCCAACCUGUACAUUGUCUUCUCCAACUAAAUACAGCAGUAAACUACAGCCUUCCUGUGGAAUAGUUCCACUUGCAACUCCUAGAACAUCAACAAGUCUUCCAACAAUUUUACAGGAGCGGACCUCCUUUAUUCAUCAGUACAAUGCCAGAAAAUCUCCUAAUGAACCCAUCCGAGGAAAGCGACAUGGAGCUUUUGUGUGGACAGAGAUAAAACCAGUGAGUGGGCCAGUAGUUCCUCAGGGAACAGAAGUAUUCCUGAGUGCUAGAGGGUCAUGCUCACUGGAACAGGCAAAAACAGAGAAAGGAAACUCAGUGGAAAGCCAAAUGACCUCACCCACUCUCUGCCUGCACAAUUCCCAGGAGACAUUAGGCUGUGAAACUCACUUAUCAAAACCAGACGUCCGAGAAGCAGCCAAGGCAUAUCCCAGAAUCCCUGUAAGAGGACAGAAGAGUUCAGACAUUUCUCAGGCAACUGAGGUGGAUGUUAUCCGUCCUGCUGAGGAAGAGUCUUUAUGUCCAGCAAUGAAAGGUCCUCUGGAUAAAUCUCUGAAUAGGUUACCUCCCACACAUAAAAACAUAUGAAUCACUGAGAUCACCAUCAGUCACUAAAAUGAAGAGAGCCUGGAAUCACUGUGCAAGCUCAUGCAUUUGCUUGGUCUAAUAUCAAUAAUACUAAACACAAGCUAACAAUUCACUGGUGUCAGCGAGAACACAGUACUCCUUUGACAAAACAACAGCUGCACUGUACUUUGAUGUUUGUCGAAAACUAUAUACCUAUAAGAAUUAUGGGGUGGGUUUGUUUUUUUUUUAAGGUGGAAUUGAUUUCCUUGUUAGGCUGAACACAAUCAUCUUGAUCAUAUAUAUUCUGUACUAAGUCUGACUUUGAGUUAAUUAACACUUUCGGGUCUGGAAGUGAUUAUGAUUCUUGAGUAUGUACUUUUUUUUCAGUAAUAGAAACACCAGUUAUAGUGUUUGGUUUUAUUGCUGAUUGCUGUUUUUUUAACAUAUAUACUUGUGACAUGCUAAUUCUCCUUGGAUGCUGCAGUGUGGAGUAUGAUUUCACACACCAUAUGGUGUCAGCUUGUGAUAAAUGGAAACCAUUAUGCUUCCAUAGGAAACAAUGGCAGUCAAGAGAGACAAUUUGCUGUAGCCCACAGGAAUGCAAAAAUAAUGUGUGUUGCCACUCUGAACAGCUAACAAGGACAGCUUUGAAGUAAACCUUUCUUUCUUUUUGGGAGCAAGGAGGACAGGCAUUUUCUUCCAGACUUGUGCUGCUGUUCUUGUUUGAAUGUGUUUCACAUCAAAAAUGCAGAAGAGAUCUUAAUUACUGUAUGCUUUUUCCCAAUACUAGAGAAAAAUCAUUAAUCCAGAGACUGAUGGGUACAUUUUUACUGAUUGGACUAUUUCCCUAAUUUUUUUAGGGAAACACAGAAAGUUUAGGCUUCAGUUAUAACCUACAGUUAUUCAUCAAACAGUGAAGCAAGUUAUUACCUGUAGCUCUUAAACAGCUCCUCUUAUAUACCGGGGAGGUUAAUGUAUGCAUUUUACUUCAGUGAGAGCAAUAAAAGUUUGAUUUCCAACUUUCUGUUCUGAGAAGAUGAUAUAACAAUGUUACAUGUUCUAUAUGUUCUCUUCACAAAGAAUAAUAGCAAAAACCUGGGAAAAUAUUCUUUGGAACUUAUUUUGAAACAAUAUUUACCAAGGAUUGGGCAGGUCCCAUAUAUUAUAGCUAAAAGUUAAAAUGAACUUAAUAUAUAUAGUGCUGAUUACUUGUUUUUGCUUGAGCUGAGACUUCAGGGACCAAAUUUGGCCUUCAGAUAUGCAUACACAACUUCCACUGAUGUUGGUGGCAGCUGUAUACAAUAUGGGAAGCAGAGUCUGGCUCUUUAAUGUACAUGCUAGCUGUAGUAGUUACAUGUAAUUCAGAACCCACCAUCAUUAAUACAUUAAUAACAUAUUGACAUUAGUGGACAUACAGUUGUGACCAAUAGGUAAAUAUCUAUCAUAAUAUAAUUAUAUUAUAAUUUUGUUUGUCUUAAUUCUAGUCAUUACAUCUUUUGAUUGUCAGUUCACUACAAAUGAACAGUUCAUCAUAUAAGCAAAGUGUGGGUGUAGGAAAUUAGUUAGAAAUGAACAAAUGGGGUAAAACUGAAACAUUUUCUAAAAAUGCUAAUACAGAAGUGUCAGCUGCUGGACUGCAGUACAGCCGCUCUGGGCUACACUGCCAGUGGUUUUUGGCUAUAAAGGAAGCAUGCCCAGCACCAGAAGGAUCACCCAAGUACAAAACAUAUGUUCAAAUAGAGUGCAGCCAUCAUAGAAACUCCUUAAAUCAUUGCCCUUCUUGUUACUGGCAUAGGGAAUGGGGCUAGAGGGGAAAAAAGCAUGGCCAGAAUACCCCUACACUGCAUUACCUUUGGCUGCUAUUUCAACUUCUUCAAGCCACUAGUAGGCAAAGCAGAUUAGAGCCAGCAGGUAUCUGGUUAAACAAUCCUAGCUACUUUGUAAAGUGCUUUGAGAUCUACUGACAAAAAGCAGUAUGUAAGUUGGUAUUUUUUUAAUUAUUAUUUAUUAUUCUGGAGGGCAAAACUUUGCAUACCUGACACAGCUCUAACCAAUGCUCAAGCUUCUUCUGGACAGUUUUUCACAUGAAACAACAGAAGUCUGGCAUCAUAUUAAAUUAGCUAUUUCCGUAAAACAAAGGAAUUUUCAAAACAAAAACUUUGUUACUUUACAGCUAAAUUUACUAAGGGCCAUUUGAGAGGUCCCAUUAAACACAGCCAUUAAGAAACAAAACACAAACAUUAAAAAUAAUGGAAAAACAUACAAAGAUUACAUAAAUUCUGGCACUAGCCUAACCUCGAAAUCGCACAUGCAUAUGUGAGUAUCCAGAUACACCAUUAAACAGAAAACUUAGUGAUCAGUACACAAACCAACUUAAUUUUGCCACUUCACAAGCCCCUCUACUUAAAAGCUUGAAUACCUUAUCCAUAAAAAACUGUAAAAUGUCUGGCCGUACAACCACAUACUAUCCAAAACAUCAAUGAUAUUUUAAAACCAAAGUCUAGCUGCAUCUAUUUCUAUCAAUCAAAGUUUCUGUAACCUGCAUCAAUUGCAGUCUGAGUAAAUUAAUUCCAUAUACCCUUAAUUAGGUAAAUAAUCAUUAGAGGCAAAGAUAUUCUUACAUCAUAUUAUAAAACAGUUUCCAUUAUAUUAAAACAGGACUGUUUGUGUCAAAACAAACCAUCAAACUUGAUACACAGAACAAAUAGUGUGUUUGUGUACAUAGAUAUAUUAACAGGUUUCAGAGUAGCAGCUGAGUUAGUCUGUAUUUGCAAAAAGAAAAGGAGUACUGGUGGCACCUUAGAGACUAGCCAAUUUAUUUGAGCUCAAAUAAAUUGGUUAGUCUCUAAGGUGCCACCAGUACUCCUUAUAGAUAUAUUAAAUUAUCCAAAUAUAUAAUACUAAAAUGGUAAAGGAUAUAGUUAAAGGAAAGACCAUCAUUAACUGAAGUAGUUAAUAGUUCUACUCAAUUUACACACAACAGUGGAGCUAGAAAUACAUAAUUUUGUAUCUAUAUAGUUCACUAACACCUGAGUACCUGUAUUUUAUAUUCUUUCUGAUGAAUUCUUCCAUCUGAAAGCUACCUUUUGAAUAUAUUAAACUUGUUCUAAGUUUCUUUUGUG